GGAGGGAGGUUGGGGGCGACGGGGGUCACGUGCUGCCCAGGGAGCUCCGCCCCGCAGGCAAGCCAUUGGCCUGGGGGCGGGGCGACGAGGCAGCCGGUUUGCGUCGCCUCUCGCCGUUGGCCGGGCCCGGGGGUCUCCCAGCAAAGCGCGGCGGGGAUUGGCGGCGGGGCGGCGGCCCUCAGGCGGGGGCAGCAUGGCGGGCGGCGAGACCUGGAGGCCGCCGCGGUUGUGCGAGGACUACUGGUGGGAGUGGAAGCACUGCCGCGGGCUGCGGCACGCCUUCCACCACUACUACGCGCACGGGGAGCUGCCGGCCUGCGGCCGCUGGCGGGACGACUACGAGGCCUGCCGCGCCUGGGAGAGGGGCCGAGCCGCCGCCGCGCAGGAAGCUUUGUGCAAGAGUGAAAGAGCUCGAGUUAUGGAAAAACAGAAAUAUGCUCCAGUGUGGACGCUCAGGAAGAGUCCACCACCAGAGUGGUAUCUUCCACUUGACCAAGACAAACCAAAUUAGCAAGACUGUUUUGCUGUGUUUGAUGCAAAAGUACUUCACUGAAGUCUGAAAAGAAAGGCAGUAAAUGGUCAGCUGCUACCUCCCUUAUAGUACAGACUCUGAUGUGAUGACUGUGAUGUUCUUUCCUCAUAGGAUAUGAAUCUUCCAAGUUACAGUUUAUGCAGAACAAAAAAAUGUUGCUCAGGAGUGUGUGGAGUGGUAAGAGAUAUAAGCCCAGAAAGAUAAAAUACUCUGUGAAAUACUACUUCUUUGUCUUGUUCUACCAUGGCACAAGUGUAAGGUAGUGUAGUUUCGUUGGGUGUCUCGCUACCUGGAUAGCCGUUUAAAAGACCCAAACAAACAGAUACUUCAUUAAUGUGGUUUUUUUACAGUCACACACCUACAGUAUUUUAACCUGCAGAAGGAAUUUUUUAUUUUUAUUCCAUUCUUUCCUCCUUCAGUCAGCUGAGUAGCUCAUGCCAGAUGAACAACAAACUCCUCCAUCACUGCGUAUACACUUUGGUGAUAUCAAUGCAUUUUCCUUCAGGCGGAUCGUAACCAGGAAGUGGUGGGGUAUAAUUAGGUCCAUCUCUCUCAAAGGGGAAAAGCCCCUCAUCUCGUCUGAUUGCUGCCUGAUACAACUCCUCAGAUUCAAGGCGCAGUUCCUUUAGUGCCUCUUGCUGAGCUUCUACAAGGGUCUGAAUUGCUUUCUUUUCUGCCUUAUCUUGUUUCUGCUUAAACAAACACCACUUUUUCAGAAGUAAAACUCUUCUUUCAGUCUCCUCAAACGACAGAGGGGGAAGACUUCGCACCCUGAUAAAGAGUAAGAUAACAUUGUAAUAGAGAAAUAGCCUGCAUCCCAAAGAGCAAAUGUAAAAAAACAAAACAACAGAAAACACCCCCACCAACAACCGAAAAAACCCCACCAAACCCAGAGAAUACAUUUCAUUCAUGCAACGUCUGUGAGAUUUUCCACGGUCAUUCUAACAGGAAAUUCAUGUUACUAUUUUUUCACUGCUUUUAGCAGAGGCAAAUAAAAUUUGCUUUCCAAAUUUU